ACGGUGCGGUCGUUUGUUGUGGUUAGUGUGCGCUCGAACCUUUGCUGUAGUACACCUAGUCGGGACUCUCCUCUUCACGGUUGGUGGUAGCCAUCGAAACUAAGUAACCUGCAGUGGUAGUGUAAUCUGUGGAUGCAAAAAAGUGUACCGAAUAAAGUGCCCACGGAACGGAAAGUGCCAGAAGCUGAUCCCCUGCCUCAUGAUGAGUGUUAACAGGAUUCCGUGCCCGCUAUGUCAUAGGAUUGACACUAAAGGAAUUUAAGUGCAUAUUGUAGUGUCAGGUUUAAGUUUCACAACGUUGAAUGGCAGUGUUUGGUGCAGUGAAAUUUACCAAAUAAAAGGAAACAGCUGCAUGAAAGGGAUCUGUUUUCCCCGUGGUGCGCACUACCUACUGCGAAAGUCGAAUGCUAUUGUGUCAAAUCAUAGGUGAUAAGCGGCAACGGAAAGGGGGGCGAAUAAAAAUCGUCUACGUGCAUCACAUGUGACUCGUGCCCACAACACCAACGAGCCUUGAAUCGAGUGUGCGUACUUCGGUGGAUGCAUUCUUACUAACGCCAUAUCCUGUGUUUCCCCGGGCUCACGGCAGCAUCCUUUAUCGAGCGAGCCACACUACCAUCCUGCAUUCGAAAUACGGCUGUUACCAUCGGUCAACGAUAGCGUCCCGGUGUUUUCGGUGUCUGCGAUAAGAUUCGGUUGUCGACGCUGUGACCGUAUGUGUGCGUGCGUGUGAGUGUCACAUAGUUUGGUGAUAAGAAACGGGCCGAAAAAGAUCCUGGCUGUGACCGUGGAGCGUGGCACAACGAUCGCACUGCUUGAGCCCCGCUUUGCCAGGGUCGGACCAACUCGAACGAACGCCGGACACGGGGCCACGGUGCGGCCAUGGCGAGUCCAUCGUGUUGGCGCAUACUGACCCGCAGGAAGGUGCUCUCGUACGAUGGCAGUACGGAGAAGCUCGGACGCAUCCUAAACACCUACGAUCUGACCGCACUCGGUGUCGGCGCCACGCUCGGUGUCGGUGUGUAUGUGCUCGCCGGUCAUGUCUCCAAGGACCAAGCUGGACCCUCGGUGGUGCUGUCGUUUCUCAUAGCGGCCGCGGCGUCCUUCCUGGCUGGCCUGUGCUACGCUGAGUUCGGAGCGCGCGUGCCCAAGUCAGGAUCGGCGUACAUCUACAGCUAUGUGUGCAUCGGCGAGUUCAUGGCGUUCAUCAUCGGCUGGAACCUGAUGCUGGAGUACAUCAUCGGCUCGGCCAGUGUGUCCCGCGGGCUGAGUCUGUACAUCGACACGCUGGCCAAUGACACCAUGAAGACGCGCUUCCUCGAGGUGGCGCCGAUCGAGUGGGACUUCAUGUCGAACUACUUCGACUUCUUUGCCUUUUCCGUUGCGAUCUUGCUUGGCAUCGCUCUGGCAUUCGGGCUGAAAAAGUCCACCAUGGUGAACAACGCGUUCACCGUGCUGAACAUCUUCAUCGUGCUGUUCGUGAUCGUGGCCGGUGCCAUCAACGCGGACGUGGAUAACUGGCACAUUAAGCCCGAGAACGUCCCGAGCAUAUACAACGCAGGUGACGGCGGGUUCUUCCCGUUCGGCUUCGAGGGAACGCUGCGCGGGGCCGCAACCUGCUUCUUCGGAUUCGUCGGCUUCGAUUGCAUCGCGACGACGGGCGAGGAGGUGCGCAACCCGCAGAAGGCCAUCCCCCGCGCCAUCCUGUUUUCGCUGUGCACCAUCUUCCUGGCGUACUUCGGUGUCUCGACCGUGCUGACACUGAUGUGGCCCUACUACAUGCAGGACGUCAACGCGCCGCUUCCGUUCGUGUUCAACGAGAUUGGGUGGUACUUUGCGAAGUGGAUCGUGGCGAUCGGCGGGAUCAUCGGGCUGGUAGCGAGCCUGUUCGGGGCGAUGUUUCCCCAGCCGCGUAUCAUCUACGCGAUGGCACAGGAUGGGCUGAUCUUCCGGGCGUUGGGUGACGUUAGUCCACGCUUCAAGACGCCGGUUCUCGGAACGCUCUGUGCGGCCCUCAUUACCGGCACGAUGGGCGGACUGUUCGACCUGAAGGCGCUGGUCAAUAUGCUCUCGAUCGGAACGCUGAUGGCAUACACGGUGGUCGCCAUCUCGAUACUCAUCCUGAGAUUUUCGGAGAACCCCGAUCCGGCGAUGCCGUCCACAAGCACCCGGGACCCGUACGAGUCGUCCAAUCUGCUGGCGCCCCGCGAACGUGUGACCGGUUCCGCAUUCUUCAAGCAGCUGUUCAACGCCUCCUGCAUCCGUCUGCCGACGAACGUGUCCAGCAGCGUGGUCGGAGUGUUGGUGACAUUGUACUGUCUGCUGGCGAUUGCACUUGCACUGACGAUCUACUACGCGAAGGAUGCCAUCUACAACAUGGAAUCGUGGGCCUGGAUACUGUUUGGUGUGCUGCUCGGGUUUACGCUGCUCGUGCUGCUGCUCAUCUCCGUGCAGCCCCGCGAGCAUGCCGAGGCGCCAUUCCGGGUACCGCUAGUGCCCCUGCUACCGGGGAUAAGUAUUUUCGUCAACAUCUACCUGAUGCUCAUGCUCGACGUCUACACCUGGAUACGGUUCGGUAUAUGGAUGGCACUCGGGCUAGUCAUAUAUUUUGCAUGCGUGUGCUUCAACAUGCAGGCUGUGAAGAAUCGCGACGUACGUUUACCGGCGCCGAGAAGCUUCCCUACGGUCGAGCAACCGCCAGAUGAAGUUGGCUACCGGCGAAACGAAGACUUUUCCGAGCUAGAGAACGGAUCCAUCGUGACCGGGUCGGAAAUUAUCGAACAUACUGGCCGGGAAAGAGGUGAAAACCACCAGGCCAACGGUUACUACUCGCAAAAUCUCAGUACGGCCAUGUCGGUCGAGGUAAGUGAGAAGGCGAUACCGGAUGCCCGAGUGCUCGAUCCCAAAAUGGGUUCCCUUCCGGCGAAGGAGCUGAUGGCUUCGGCGGCAGCCCUUUCCGUUGCGGCCGUUGCCGUAUCCGAGCUGUCCGAGCAGGAGGAAGAUCAGCGGCAGACGCGACAGGUACCGAAGGGACACCAGCAACCAUCGAACGGGUCUACGCCGAAGAGCAGCUUCGACGAGAUCAUACCACUGUCCGAGCUGAACGUGCGGGAAUUUACGGAAAAAAUAGAAUCGAACGGUAAGGUGUACUUUGUGGCGCACGAGAAUGUCCCGGCGGCACAAAGGGACAAUCGGGAACCGGACUCGGAGCCGGUUUCGCUGAGCGACGAAAAGGAAACGUCCAAAGCGAUCGCAUUUUUGGACAACAUACUGAACGACGAAGACACGGUGCCUUCGAGCGAGGAAGCGCUCAGUUCGGGCGAGUAUCGAACACGAUCGACACGGCAUCAGGAUGACGAUGAAUCGCUGGCCAGUCCCGUAUUCCGCGAGCAGUCCGUGGUGGCGGACAUCCAUCGGGCGGACGAUUCCAUAGGAGACGUAGCACCAAGCGAAGAGAUGGCGGAGGACAGGGAUGAUGAUUUUGGUCGGAUAGUGACCGUAGUGACCGAUAAAACUGUAGAGAAAUUGCCUUCGCAAGCGAAAGACGCUCGGGAAGGGGAUGAAAAUUCCGAUGACGAUCGUAGGCUAGAGGGCAGACUGGGUUUCGAGGAGAUGGCCAAGCAAACGGGACGUGCCAUGUAUAUUGCGGGCAUGGGAGAAUCGCUGAAGGAAAUAUCCGAAGAGGAACAGCAGUACAUCAACUUCCAAUCGGCCGAGAAGGAACGGUUCAUGACGCGACUCAGUACAUUGCUGGUCAACCCGAUGAAGCCACCACUGAAGCGAAUAGAAACUCCCGCAGCAAUCCAGAGUGAAGCGACGAGUGCGGACACUUCCUUAACCCCAUCUGCCCCCGCACCGAUGAACCGAUCGAGCAGUGAACCCAGCUUCGUACUCCUGCUGAAUAAGCUCAAUCGGUCGGAUUCUCCGGAUGAAAGUGAAACUGACGAACCGGAACCGCUCGAGAGGACACGCUCAGGGAAGGCGGGUGGUGCGAACAUACCACCCGCACCAAAGUUCGACGAAACACUGUUCAAUACGAUACGGGCCGGCUCGAUCGUUCCGGAGACGCCCAAAACUCCCAUCCCGGUGCCACCCAAGUUCGAUCCGGUUCUGUUCAACACCCUCGGCAAAGGGAAGUCACAGCGGGCGUCCAUCCUGCCAGCCGCGGACGAGUCGGUCAGUGAACCGGUGGUCACACCAAAAACACCCUCCACUAGUCAGGUCAACGAGUUUGAGCAGAAAAGGCUCAAACCGGUCACGGGAGGUGUUCCGGUAUUGUUGGCAACCCCCGUGAGGGAUGUGGGGGAGACCAGUGCAGGACGGGAGAAGCAGGACGAGAAUUCCGGUAACCCACGGGAAGCCUUUAAGUCACGGUUGGAGAAAAUUCUUCAACGGGGCCCUCUUGAUGUACCGGGACGCCCGAAAACGAUACCUCCAAACACACCGACCACACCAACCACGAUGACGGCCACCAGUGAGGAAAGUCUUCCACGUACGCUGGCCAAUCAGCAGCUGCCGGCUUCCAGUACCGAUUCCGGGCUUAGUAUGGCUUCCUCCACGCAGUCGGUGUCUUCCGGCAACGAGCGGGUCAUCAUCACUCACGAGAAACUGCGCGACGAAAGCUUUCGCGAUCGUGCCCGAGGGUUCGAUACGGCCAAGAAGAAACAGAAGCUCCUGUUCGACGACGUGCUAAAGUCGAUCAAUCCGGAGACGCGUCCCAGUAGCAUCCGCAACUCGGUGGAGCACCGUGUGUCGUUCAGCAAAUUCAGGGAAGGUUUGAAGAAAACGGCCACCCCUAAACAGUUCCUGCCGGAUGCGUAA